UUACGCAUCAAACAGCAAGCGUUCAUCGAGGCAACUGAAGCUCCAGGUAGACGGAUUUACGAAAGGCCGUGGGAUGGCAUAUUUGGACUUUCCGGCCUAUCGAAAUCGGCCAUCACAGGAGCUCGUCCCAUCUGGAGAACGAUGAUGGAUGAAGGGGUAGUUACAAAGAAAGUGUUCUCGAUAUGGCUUCGACGGUACAGUGAUUCUGGUGAAAACGGUGGAGAAAUAGUCUUUGGAGGUAUAGACCAAGAGCACUUCACCGGAGCUCAUACCUACGUUGAUGCGGAAGGGCCGCAUAACACCUUCAAGAUUAACUCCUUUUUUGUGGGCAAAAUUGACACGAAAGUUUGCUCCAAGGGAUGCAAAGUUCUUGUGGACUCGGGGAGUACAUACAUUCGUGGUCCACCGAAUUUGAUCGUCAAGAUUAAUAAGCAAAUCGGAAUAGCAGCAGACUGCUCUAAUUAUGACAAGCUGUCUGAAUUUAUAAGCUUCACAAUAGCCGCAAAGACUUUUACCCUCACACCACGCGAUAACACUGUGUUUGACUCUGUGAGCAUACAUUGUUUGAUUAUCUUCAGCAACAUCUCGGCCGAUACGUCUAGGGUUUACCUUGCGUUGGAGGAGAUAAUGGCUGACGUUCUCUCCAACUUGCAUGAUAUCCAAAAGAGUUUGGGGUUUUGGCAAUCUAGAGCUGAGGUGAAUCAAUCAAUCAACACAACAAUGUUCCUUGUCUUUUUCACUUGA